UCCUUGCAUCUCUGCUACGAUUGGGGCAUUUAAUCCAGGCCUUCGAAAUCUCGCAAUAUAAUUGGUCGAAUCAGCUAUCAGUCUUCCACAAAAAUCUAUUUACAGUAGGUUGUGAGCGGAUCAAGUGUAUCCGUUAAGAUUAAAGCUGGAUCUCACUGUAACUAAAAGCUGUUUCGAGGUGGAUUUUAUGUAAUUAACAAGCUAUUUUGUCCAGUAUUUAUUAGUUAUUCCUCGGUGGAACGUUUUAAUUCGUCUCGUUUCAUCUGCUGAAGCUGAAGAUCCAGGAAAAAGAUGUCUUCGGAUGAAGACAGAGCGAAGGAGAUUCUGAAGGGGUUUAAACUAAACUGGAUGAAUCUUAGAGAUGCAGAGACAGGGAAGGUUCUCUGGCAGGGAACUGAAGACCUCUCUCUUCCUGGGGUAGAACAUGAAGCCCGGGUUCCUAAGAAGAUCCUGAAAUGUAAAGCUGUCUCCAGAGAGCUGAAUUUCUCUUCGGUAGAAAAACUGGAAAAAUUCCGACUGGAACAAAAAGUUUUCUUUAAAGAGUGGUUUUUUGAGUUUGGUUUUGUGAUUCCUAAUUCUACAAACACAUGGCAAUCUUUGAUAGAAGCUGCACCAGAGUCACAGAUGAUGCCUGCAAAUGUCUUAACUGGUAAUGUUGUUAUAGAGACCAAGUUUUUUGAUGACGAUCUUCAUGUCAGCACAUCCCGGGUACGACUGUUCUACGUCUGAGACAUGGAACCUUUACUUUUUUUUUUCUACUGUCACUCCAGAGGAUGGACCCAUCACUACAAGUCUGAAUAGCCAGAGGAGACACUCUUCAUACUGAGUAUUUCCUCUGAGGCGCUGUGACAACAGCAUUAAAGGGAACAUUUCAGUAGGACCCAGUUUCAAGACCAAUGGUCACACCAGUUUUAUGGCAGAUAAGGACUUGUACAUAAGAGCUGUCAUGCUCAUGACAACCGGGUUGUGUAAAUUAACUAUUUGUAUAUUUUUCCUCUUCUCCUUCUAUAAUUCAAUCCUGCAAUGUACACUGCUUCCUUAUCAACUGUUUUUAAAAGGUUUGCUCUCAGUCUGUGUGGUUAUUCAUGGUCUCUAUUCAUGUUUUUUUUUUUUUUUUUUAGUUAAACUGUAAAAUAGGCUGUGUUUUAAAAUAAAUUAUAUAAUUAUGGA